UGUGUUGAUACAUUUGGCGGUUUCUAAGUUGUUAUUGUUUGAUUAUAUCUUUGACUAUAGAAAAAUUAUAGGAGACAGAGGAUUAAGAGGAUUAUCUAUCAUAUUCGUGACUACUAAAAAAAAAUCACAUUUAAACAUAAUAACGUUUGCUUUAUAUAUUGCAUCUCUUAUGAACAUAAACGUUUUCGAAACCUUAGAAUACACAUUCCGAUGUCUUCUCAGGACAGAAAAAACAAGUUAGAAAUCUUGCAAGAAACUUAUAACGAAUUAUAUCGUUACUAUACUCUGUUACGUUUGAUUAGAGCUGAUCUUGAAAAAGUAGCAAAUAAUUUUGCUGCUAUAAAGGAAGCGUGAGAAUUUUGAUUUGAGAACACAAAUAUAUGAAUACAUAUAAAUAACAAUAUUUAUAUAAGAUUUCUUUCGCAAGAUACAAAAAUGAAUAAUCCAAAAGUUAGUUCUCUGAUGAAUAAUUCGCCAACAUCUUCAUCACCGCUGAGAAAGUCCAUAAAUGUUCGUAAGUUAUCUUCAACAAACAUAUCGGAAAAUGAUGACGAGGCGGAACGUAUAUCUCGCCGACGCGUGCAAGCCACGUCUGUAUCAUCCGUCACUCCCAGUGGCAAUUCCAACAAGAGACAUUCUCUGAGUUCUGCAUUCUUAGCCAAUAUUCCGGCAUCGAAAAUGGCCGAGUGUAUAAACGAAUGCAUAAAACUUAGCACGGAAAACAAAAUCAACACCAAGAACGCUUUCAGUCUGGAGAUAAUUGAUUUUAUGACCUACAUGAUAAAAAAACAAGACGCCAAUAUGUCGAGCCUGCAAGUGGCCAGCACGUCGUUGGACGUGAGUUCCAAGAUUUAUGGAUUUCGCGUGGACAGUGUGCACUCGGAAAUUUUGAAAAUAAUCGGCGGAUUGGACAAACAAACGAACACCGAAGCCGAGAGCAAAUCGGAUGAUGAUGAUGGAGAACUUGUUGACGAGGACGCGAAGGAUAAAGAAGAACCGAGGAAAAAGAAGAAGAAGAAGAAACACGGCAACCGACAAAAGAUUAUCACAACAGCGGAGGCAUUGGCGAGUCACGUUGAAGUUUUGAAACCGAUGUCGAUUACGUCGACGUGCGGCGAUCAACAGACCAGCGACGUGCUGUCUCUGGCGUCGUUGCCGAAUCACGCAACUUCCUGUUUCUACAUACACCCGUACAACGACGUGCUCGUCGACGUCGCGGAGGAUACCGCGGAAUCGCAAAACGACACGGAUAUGAGAUACAACGUAUCGUCCAUCGACGAUCUGUCCAAUUUAGAGAUCUGUUUGCCGUAUUCAAAUUUCGAGUUCCUCAACUGGUCCGUGGACAACGAGCAGCUGGAUACGGAUACGGAAGAGGCCGAGGAUUUGGAGAGCGACAACAGAUUUCAGUUCGAUCUGAACGCGAGCGUGGAACACGACGGCGACGAUCCCGCGUCGGAACCGAUGAAUUAUUUCGACAUAGAACACGACGACGAGAACAAAGAGAAUUACGCUCACGGAUGUUACCGGCAAUUGGCGAAUCGUCCGAACGAGAAUAUCCGAAAUGCCGUUCAGCCGCCGUCGAACAUCACGUCCGAAUAUUCCUUCGUUCAGCCGAAUUUAAGCUUGCACUGGGCCGGACCGUCUCACUGGAAGUUUCAAAAUUUCGCGAGACUGUCCGCCAACAACACCGACAAGGUGACGGCGUGCAAACAGGGUCCGUUGCGAAAAAGAAAGGAGAUCGAAUUGUUUUAUCGCGAAAACAACGACGCGAUAGACGCGAAGUACGCGCCCAGUCACUCCAACAAAUGGCCGAGCAAAACGGCCAAGGAAGAAUGGAGCACGGAGGCGAUUACGUUGCCGGAAGAUGUGCAUUACAAUGUCAAACUGUUGUUCAAAUUGUAUCUGCACGAGAAGAUAUCGAUGAACAACGAGAAGACGUGUAACGAGAGGAACGACGCGAUUGCCUUGGACAUAUCGGGUAACGAUAGAUACGACUACGAUAAUCCGAACGACACGAUGGAAUAUUGUCCCGAUGUGAACAACGACGAUUACGACGAGGUCGGCGCGGACGACUGCAACGUCGAGAACGACGCCAACACUCAGGGUUUGACCGGCGACAAUUUGGUCGCCGCGCCUAAACUAGCCAACAAGAUACCGAUUACGUACUGCGUGAGAGCGAAGAAGAUCGAUAUGCGACAAUUGAAAAAAUCUAUAUGGAUGUCUUUGAAUUCGAAGACCGACAACGCGGACGUAGCGAGGGACGAGGAUGAAGCGGCUACGAUGAGAACGAGCAAACGGUUCAGCAACGUUUACAAAACUCUGCCGAAAUUGUUAACGAAAUCCAACGCGGAAGCGUUGAGCGCGCCGAUGGCCUUCUUGUCUCUGUUGCAUCUGGCAAACGAGAAGGAAUUGAACCUCUGCUCGAUACCGGACAUGUCCGACAUCGUCGUCGCCGCCGCCGCGAGCUCGGAAGACAACGCAAACGUAGAAACGCAAAAUAGAAGCGAAGAAAAUAUUCUAUAGUAUCGCGCUGAUUAUUGUAGAUUAUUUAAGCGUUUUUUUUGGUUGGUUUUUUUUAACAAAUGCUUCUGCAGGAAGCCAGUUAUAAUUUUAAGGAAUAUUAAACAAAUCAAAUCAACGCUCGCAAUAACAAAUAAUAAAUAAGAUAAUAAGGUCAAUCGAGCUAAAAUACUUAGGUGUUAACAAAAACUUUUUUUAAUAUAACAAAUAAUUAAUAACGUUUCAACAACUUCAGUGUGAGAAAAAAUAUAUAAAAAAAAUGCAAAGUGAGUUUACAUAACAAUAAUAAUCAACGCAACAAAUACAUUAGAAAAGAUGUAAAUCAAGAAGGAAAUAAUGUAGUUUUUUAGUCUCACUCGGAAUGCAGAUCAUCCUUGAAAAUGUCAGUUUGUAAAUUUGUUGAUGAGUGUAACAAAGUUUAUGUUGAAAAUUUGAAAGUCAAACAAAUUUUUUGUUAACACCUAAGUAUUUUAGCUCGAUCGACCUUAUUAUCUUAUUUAUUAAGGAAUAUUAUUAUAACUCGAACAAUUUGCUUGUGAUAUAACAAGCGAUAGUUUAUUUAUCCACAGUUUUUUUUUAAACAUGAGAGAAAUGUUUUUUUAAACAUUCUUUUUAAAUUUUUGUUUUUUCUUCCAUUUUUUCAUUACAUAUCUCUUGGCGAUGCGAUCAAUUUUUUUAUUCUGUUUAAUUUGCGUCGACUGUACGCCGCACUUAGGAUUAACCGUCGAUAAGUUUAAAUAUUGUAUUUAAAAAAAAGAAAACACCGCAAAUUUAAUAAUUAGCAUUUUUUAAAUUUUAUUAUAAAUUUCUUCAACUUGUUCCUUUUGACGUUCAAGUUUUUAUAGAAAUGUGUCUAUCUGUACAUUUGUGUGCACAAAACUUUUUGUAAAAAAAAUAGUAGACGGACGGAAGCAGGGACUUAUACCGAUAUGCAAAAUACCGGUAUUUUACCGAUAUUAAAAAUCGGUUAAAAUACCGGUAUUUUACCGAUAUUUUGGGGUAAUACUAUGAAAACUACCUACUAUGCAAACCGAAAUGCAGAAAUACCGGUAUGACGUCAUACCGGUAUAUUUACCCAUAUUUACCUAUAUU